CUCCAAGUGGGGAAGACGACUUCCCCGCCCCCUUUCCCCCCCUCAUGCGGUCCGCCGCCAUGCGAUCGCUGCUGCGACGAGCUUCAGGUCGCCGGCAACAAAUCGCGUCCAUCCUUCUCGUCUUAUCGCUGACGUCAGCCGUCGCUGUGCUGUGGGUGGGGUACCGAGCAGGCAGGGAGAUGGAAGAAGGAGGCGGGGGACGGAGGGCAGGAGAGCCGGGAAGUGCGGAGCAGGGAAACGGGGAAGGAGCGGAGGGGAACGAACAGGAAAGGGAGGGAUGGGAGAGCGCCGGAUGCGAGGGCAGGGAGAGAGCGCGGAGUAAGCAGAGGAGCGCGUUUCCCCGCGUGACGGCAGAUAUGAUUGCUGUCGCAGAGAGGUACAAACAGGGUUAUGUAUGUCCUGGUGUCCCCGAGCAUCCUACUGCUACCCGGGCCACCUGUCGCAGGUAGGUUCAAUGGUGGCUUCAAGUUCUCCCCAGGUAAGAGGGUGCAUCGUAGCAUGUGGUUGGGCAGCCGGUUGUCUGGUAUCGCAUGCUUUUCCCGGCAGUUGCAUUUGCCGGGUAGGGAGUGCUGUAGGCCCAUGCGGAAGGCUAGGGCCGUGGCAAAUUGCCCCUUGCUCAUGCUCAGUUGAGGCGAUGGCCGGCGUCGUCGCAUGUAUUGGCGCGGUGGCGGAGGUGCUGGAUUGUCUCCGCCCACCGCCGCUACAGGCGCCUCCACGGAAACCAGAGGCGGGACGGUCGUGGCGGCCCGCGAUGUCUCGCUGCCAGCAGCGACGCGCGAUGGAGGCCGCGUCGCUACUCCUCUGGCGGCUGGCCUAUGGGUUGCCGCCAGGAGCAGAGGCGGGGGAGCUGGAUCCCGCUCCUCGCGCCGUUGAUGAGUUGAA